UUAAUGGAUACCCGUCUGAUUUAUAUUCUUUGCUGACCUUCGUUCAGCGCUAGGGGACGCCAGAGCUCAGAAUUUUAAUGCUGAAUAAGGACCCUGCAGCUAAAAUUUAAAUCACUGUUUUCCUCCUAUUUUACAUUCAGCCACUGUUCUUUCCAGUGUCAGAUGAUAGUUUCCAUAAGAAAAUAUUAACCACUGCCAGACUAUCCGGAAAGGGUGGAGGGUGUUCUGUGUGUCCAGCGGUGCGUUAACCCUUGUUGCAAAGUGUUGCGUAAUGGUCAACAAACACUGCCUGUGGCACCACUGGAGACUGUUCCCAUAAGUCAUGGACAUUUCAGCUGUAAAUGCUCUUUCUUACGAGGAUUUUGUGAACACUUUCGGUAACGUGGUGGAGAAAUGUCCUGUUAUAACAGCCGCUGUGUGGUCGAGGCGUCCGUUUGUGAGUUUAAAUGCUCUGGAGGCUGCUAUCAGUGACUUCAUCGACGAGCUCCCAGAAUCAGGUAAAGAGGGGAUCCUAAGGUGUCACCCCGACCUGGCCGGCAGGGACCUGCAGAGAGGCACCUUGACCCGGGAGUCGCGCCAGGAGCAGGCAGGAGCCGGAAUGGACGCGCUGACCUCGGGGGAAACCGAGCGCAUGGCCCGUCUCAACAAGGAUUACAAAAAGCGCUUCGGUUUCCCAUUUGUCAUCUGCGCCCGGAUGAACGACAAAGCGAACAUCUUGCGGCAGCUGUCCGAGCGCUGCCAGAACGAGCGCGCAGUGGAGAGAGCGCGGAAUCGAGGAGGUGAAGAAGAUCUGCCGCUUGCGCCUCCAAAGUCUGCUGCUCACUGAUGGCGCGAACAAAUUAUGAAGUGCCGGAGGUUGAGUUUUGCGCCAAUUUGCCUCUAAACCUCAUCACUGCCAGGCUCAAGGGCUGUGGUAUAUUUUUAUUCUGAAUGUAUCCAUAAAAUCUCCAAUCAAUAAAACAUGUGGAUCAUUGA